CAGCAAUAAAAUAGUAGUAAAUUGUGGUGAUGUUAAUUAUUGUAUCCCUUGGAGAAACACACACCAAAGAGUGUGCAGCUGAAACCAUACAGCCAGUGAAGUUGACCACUAGUUGCAUUCCAAGCAGAGCAUCAAGUAUUUAAAAGCUGCAAUCUUGAAGUGGAGGAGAAGAAGAUUUAACUAUUCCAAAAGCUAGAGAACUACAUUGCAACAUUCAUCAAACAAAGUCUUCAAGUCAGCAACAAUAUGAAAAUUCCAAGAACCGAUUACAAGAUCCAAUCUCUGCGAAAAGAAUUCUUAGUAUUUUGCUUGCUCUGUGCCUGGACUAUGCAAAUGGUGUCUCCCCAAUCCUCCGCUCUGGACAAUAUCAGAAGGUUGAUCUGCAAUGGGAUACCGGGUCUCAAUGAGCGACAGAUCGAAAUCUGCACGGAAGUGCCCCAGGCAAUAAAUGUUCUGAAGGAUGCACAGAGGGUAUUCGAAUCAGAAUGUGUAUGGCAGUUUCGCAAAGAGAAGUGGAGCUGCACAGGAGUCAACAUGUCAAUUUUCUCAGCUCCAACAUUAGCAGAAACUAAGGAAUCGGCUUUCGUGUACGCCCUCACUUCAGCCCUGGCAGUCCACCAAAUCACAACCGCUUGUUCCAACGAGGACCUCGGUACAGCCUGUGGAUGUGACGCAUCUAGAAACGGCCAAAAAACGCCUCAGGGCUGGACAUGGGGCUCUUGCAGUGAUAACAUCUCGUAUGGUUUAUUCUUCGCUCAGAAUUUCCUCGACUCUAGAGAACUAAUAAAUCAAAGCACUAAUGUGGAGCACCAGAACGCAAUGAAUCAAGUUCAUCUCCAUAACAACGGCGCAGGAAGAAGGGUGGUUGCUGACGGUAUGGGCCGUGCAUGCAGAUGCCAUGGGUUCUCUGGUUCUUGCUCUGUUGAAACUUGCUGGAAUGAGCUUCCCACAAUCUACGAAAUUGGUGACAAAGUGAAGGAACUUUACGACGAAGCGAUAAAGGUUGAAUUGUACCAGCCUACUUCUGGGCCAUCCUUCCUUCGCUACAUGAAGGACGAUGAAUAUAUAAUCCCAUCAACAGCUGAUAUGGUUUAUCUCGACGAAUCUCCAAGAUACUGUGCGGCCAGUUCUAACUUUACGAGUCAGCGUCAAUGCAUGCCCCAGGCAGCCCUCAAUGGCAGCGAAUUCCACGAUACAGAUAUGAAAGAGCACUAUCCACCCUGUGAAACGUUUUGCUGCAAUGGAGGUUACGAGGCUUAUCAUAAACAAGAAGUGAAAUCAUGUGACUGCACAUUCGUAUGGUGCUGUGAAGUGGUGUGUCAGACUUGCACUACCAACGUCACGGAGUUCAGAUGUACAGGAUAACCGACUCCAUUAUUCUGACGACUUUGGUAAAAAUGACACACUUUCAACAACUGAACUUACUUUACUAGCUAGCUACGUACACACGAUCACGCCCCCCAUUUCUAUUUGAUUUACGAACUCUAUUCGAGUAUAAUUAGACUUUUGACAAUCACUAUAAUUACUUCGACGGUUGUGUUCUCAAAGCCCACAAUAAUAAACAUUAUUCUCAUGUCAUGCGAUCAGUUAUUUAUCCAAUCAUUUGGCAGUAGCAUUUACAGUGAUUUUUGUAUAUAU